GAACACUGCCCAGAGAGGGUUUGGAGGUGCCUCACUGGGGAUAUUCCACACCCACCCGGACGCAGUCCCGUUCCAGGCGGCUCCCGUUGGCAUUCCCCACGGCCCGGCGGGCCGGGAUGAGGGCGAGCCCCGGCAGGGCCCCUCCGAGCCCGGUGGAACCGCAGCCGCCGCUCCACGGUUUGUGCUCGGGCCAGAGGGGCGCUGCGGCCGCUUCCCUUCCAGCCCGAGCAUCCCGGGAUCCUGCGGGAGGGGACGCACCGGGCCACGCCCGUGCCGGUGCUGGGCCACUCCUGUGUCAGCACGGGCCAUCCCCGUGCCAGUGCCAGGCCAUUCCCGUGCCAGGCCAUUCUGGUGUUGGUAUUGGGCCAUUCCGGUGUCGGUACCAGGCCAUUCCCAUGAGGUGCUGGGCCAUUCUGGCACCGGGCCAUCCCAGUGUCGGUCCUGGACCAUCCCUGUGCCAGUGCCAGGCCAUUCCGGUGCUGGUCCUGGGCCAUUCCCAUGCCGGUCCCGGGCCAUUCCCGUGCCAGUGCCGGUCCGUUCUGGUCUUGGGCCAUUCCCGGCCCGGCCUGCAGACUGCUCUGUGCCCCCACCAGUCCCAGGGCGGGGCAGGUGCGGCCAGGCCAGGGUUGCACCCAGGCUCAGGCUUCUGAAAACCACAAAGCGCAGGGCUCCAGGCACACUGCAGCUGCAAAAGGCAUCCCAAGGGGAACACAAAACUGCCACAACGUGCCUUCCUCCGCAGCGGAGUGCCAUGGAAGGUGAUCCAAAGGGAGAAUUCUCCUUGGAUGGUCCCUCUGGCUGGACGGUGAAAGGCAUCAAUCAGCAGACACAGGAACCAGGAGGGCUGGCAUCCUACUGCCCUGCCUUCCCUGGGCUCCAGGAGGAAACUCCGGGCUUUGCCGCCACUGAUCCUGCUGACAGUGCUGAGGAAAGCCGAUGCACUGAGAGUAAUGAGCCAGCUCUGCUUAAAGCAGCUCUUCCUGCCGUUGGAGAUGCCUUCAUGUCUGAAAGCCUCUCAGACUCUCGAGAUGUCAACUUGGCAGCAUCGCAGAGCAUCUCACAGGAAGAGUACCAGGUUUUUCUCAUGGUCCUGGGCGCUCUGGUGCUUUGGGAGCUGUGGGCCGCUUCCCUGGAAUGCACCAUGGAUGAGAGUGUCCAUGAGUGCCUGGACUUUGUGGACGCCACGGCGAGCUACGGGCGGCCGUGGCUGGGGGCUCCGUGGCCGUGCACUGGAUCGCCUGGGUCGCUCCCUCGGCAGCUCCAUCCCCGCCUCGCCGUGCACAUCCACGCUGUCCUGCUGAUGCCCUCCCCGAUGGUCAGCGUCUUCCCUCCCGGCCACGCUCCCGGGCUGGCCAAGGCGCUGUCCCCGCUGCGGGGGCGCGGCCGGGCGCUGCUCCUCGUGGCCGCUGCUGGCCACAGCUUCCUCCUGCGGCAGCAGCAGGAGCGGGGCAGCAGCGAGCUCCUCGGGGGGCUCUGGGCGGCCCUGGGGCCGCUGGCAGAGCUGCCUUCACCCGUUCAGGGUGCAGAGCCCUUCCAGCGUGGCUGUGAACUCCCUGCACUUCAUGAGGGAUGUGAAUAAAAACCUGGCUCGUUUGCAAGAGGUUUUUCCACAGACCCUCUGCCGUG